AUGGCCAGGAAACAUCAACGUGCACAUCGGGGACCGGAGCUUUGGACACAGAAGGAGGAGGAGAAGGAGGAAGACGACCAUCUUUUACACAUGAACCCGAGUCUCAUGACGGAGCGGCAACAAAUGACGUUUUUAUUACGAACAACAGCUCGCGAGGGAUUGAAAGUCGUGAAUUUGAACGAUACAAGCUCGGAAGACAAAGCCGUGACGUCGCCACGUCAAGUAAACGAGCCUAAAAGGAUACAACACGAGCAGCAGAAAGCAACUACUACGCUGAUUCAUCGAAACCGUGGACGUCCGAUAAAAAACAAGAAGAAGAAGAAGCUAAACGUUGCAGACAUGAAGCGACGAGUUGUGACGACGCAAAAGAGACACAAGGCAAGAAGUGAUAAGAAGGUGGCAAUGAGACCCAGUUUCUCCACUUUACAAUUGGAUGGAGUGCAGUCCUUGGGACACAGAGCACCGCAAUGUGCACUGUGUUGUGACUAUGAUACGGCGCACGAAGCGUCGUUCUCGGACGUGCUGUUCUUAUGCCCUACGUGCGACCGGAAAUAUCCAACGCAGCAGGCGCUAGGUCGACGGACGUGCAUGAUCUGA